AACGGGUUCCUGUGCAGUUGAACUACUCGUAAACAGCAGACGAAUUUUGGAGUUACCUCCCAUGCAUCCUACAGGUGUCGCCUAAAGAAUCAUGGCGUCGUAAAUAGAAGUAGGUGUUGUAGGAAGUGGACUUCUGAUGUGACUCCAACUCUCAGCAUCGACAAUGAGGCCCUCCAUUGGACAACAUGUGAGGGUCCUCUAUGACUUUGAAACCUCCAAGAAAGGGGAGAUUACUCUUCUGACAGGGGACAUAAUACAGAUCACAGAAGUUGUUGAUGACAACUGGCUACGAGGUCGACUGAAUGGCGCAGAAGGAAUCUUUCCAUCCAACUUUGUGGAAAGUAUCACACUGCCCAGCCUACAGCCUGGUCAGAAGAUAUUUGCUGGUGUAGAUGAGUUCCAGGCUGGGCAGGAUGGAGACUUGGGAAUCAACAGAGGAGACAUCAUUGUGGGAUUGCAUCAGCUGGAUGACAACUGGUGGCAGGGAAGCUGUGGAGGUAACACAGGGAUCUUUCCUCUCACCUGUGUCACAGAGCUGCUUGAUCCUCCUGCUAAAGCUGACCAGCGGUCAAGUCAACAGAAGGGUUCGUUAUCGGAACCAAUCUGUGCCAGAGCAAUGGUGGACAUUACACCCCAGAUAGAUGGUGAACUUGGGUUCGGGAUUGGAGAUGUUAUAACCAUCACAGAGAUUAUAGACUCUGAUUGGUACAUGGGACAGUUUGGUGGUAAAGAAGGGCUGGUCUCUUCUGUUUGUGUUGAGCUUUUAGAAGAUGUAAUAAUAUCAGAGUCAAAUGCUGGUCAUACGACAGAGAAUCAUGUUCAGGAGAAUCAGACUUCUAGUGCCUUGGGUAAUGAAAUUUCUCAAGCAAAUCAACUAAAUGUCUCAUCGUUCUCAAGUGAGAACACCCGAUCAUACGACACCGAGAUCACACCCUAUGCUCGUACAAUCUACGCUUUCCAGGGCCAGUCUCAGGAUGAGCUGUCAUUUGCAGCCAAUGAAAUAGUUACACUCAUCCAGCAUGUUGAUUCAGAGUGGAUUGAGGGUGAGUUGGAUGGCCGAAUUGGACUUUUCCCGGCUGGUUAUGUUGAAAUCAUUGUGGACUGUCCUUAUGCUGAAACAGGACAGAUCCAGGACUUGGGGCAAGUUCAGCCAGACUCUCCAGCUCAGCAAUAUUCAGCUCCUACAGAAUCAUCAUCAGCUCCUGCAACAGCAUCUUCUGAUUUGGCUGAGAGCUGCAGCAUAGGAAGCACAGACAGUGAUCAGCUUGGUUUGGUCCUGCAUAACUUUGAAGGAGAAGUGGAUGGAGAUUUGAAAGUCUCUGAGGGUGAUACUGUGAUAGUUGUUCAGAUUUUAGAUGGAAAUUGGAUCCAAGCUCGAGAUGAGACUGGUCAUGUUGGUCUUGUGCCUUUAAAUCAUGUGCAGGUGAUAGGAGAAGGACCCCGACAUUUACCAUCUGAUGUUGACAAUGUGAUACAAACUAGUGAACCCAUUGUUCCCAUUCAUAAGGAAAAUGGUGUCAGUUCAAAUCUUGAUACAUCUUGUGAAAAGACACCAGAAAUCAACAAUCACAAGGAAGAUGUUGAAAAAUUGAAAAAAGAUGGAACUGAUGAAGAAUCUUCAACACCACGGCCUGCAACUGAAAAACCCAGGUUAAAACCGAAACCUGCAGUGAAGCCUAAGUUGGCACCUAAACCUGUGAUAAAACCUAAGCCAAUUGUGUUAACGCCUAAACCUUACACAGAAACCCUCAGGAAUGUCCACAGUUUAAGUGUAGGGCAUGUCUCAUCUCCUAAAGAGAAGAAUGUGUUCAAAGGAAUCAAUACAUCCAAAUCUCUCAACUCUCUGAUAGAAGAACAGUUGACGAGUGCUAAAACAGAAUCAGAUGAAUUGAACAGGUCCAGAAGCUCCAGUACCAGAAGCAGUGAGUCUUCACCUGGAAGCAUAAAGAAACAGGACUCUUUGACAGAGUCCAAUGUCCAAAGGUCCAGACCUGGUAGCAUCAUUUCUGAUAAGUCUUCAAGACCUGGGAGUGAUGCUUUUGAAGAUUUAGCCAGUCUAGAUCAGCUUGUGCAUGAAGGCAAUGCCAGUGUUACCAGUCAGUACAGUGAAGUGUCUCAGCAAAAUAGCGAUCAAAGUGUUCAUUUUAGUGACAAUUCUUAUCAGUUUAAUACAGACUUACCUCCUCCACAGUCACCCAAGCCCAAAGAUGCCAAUGGGUUCAUCAACAGUGCAUUUGUGAAGGAUCAUGAUGAUCCACAUACACUUCAAAUGAGCCUACCAGCUCGUCCACCACCUCCUGUGCCUUCUGUAAAAGGAUCUAAAUCAAAGACCAGGGUACCUCCACUCCGAGCGCCACCGCCAAGACCCUCAGCACCCCGACCUGCUCAACCAGCCAAGGCAACACCUUUGUCUGCAGGAUCAUCAAAACCACACCCAAUUCCUCUUAGGCCUGCUCCUCCAGUGCCGAAAGGCCCACCGAAGAUGCCAAAUAGACCUGCUCCUGUUCGGCCAUCGAUUCCCAAUGCACCCAGGAGGCCUCCACCUAGACCUCCACCGUCUGACCUCAUGUCUUUCAGUCCUGAAAAGGAUACAUCACCAGAUGUAGAUGAUGAGGUGAAUGCAGAGGUGGUUGCGGAGCUGAAGGGAAGGAUAGCAGAGAUACAGAAAGAUAUACAGAGCUAUGAGAAGUCAUGCAAAGAACUUCACCAGCUCUGCCCAGCGGAACUACGUCAGUACCAGGCAGAACAAGAAGCACAGCGCCGGCGAGAGGAAGCCAAAAGGAAGAUGGAGGAAGACAAGAAGAGGCAAGAGGAGCAGAAACAAAAGAGGAGGGAGAAGAGAGAAAAUGUAAUUGCAGAACUUCUGGCUACGGAGAAGGACUACCUGCGUGACCUUCAUCUGUGCAUCGACGCCUUCCUAGGUCCAGCUGCUGAGAAGGUGCCUGGUGUGGACAUGGAGGUGGUGUUCGGCAACAUCGAGGAGAUAGCAGACGUCUCACAGAGACUCCUCACCAUGCUGGAAGGCUGCAUCAAUGGGAAGACAUUUGAGGAACAGAUAAUAGGUCCCAACUUUGUGCAUUUCUCUGAGGACAUGAAGAACACGUAUGCUCCGUACUGCAGGAACCAUGAUGCAGUUAUCACUCUCAUGGAAAAGUACACAGACAACGUGGAAGUGAAGGAGUAUUUUACGCGUAUCAUUACCAAGCUGAGAGAACAGACCAAUGUGUUUGACCUGGAGUCGCUGCUCAUCAAACCUAUACAGAGAAUACUCAAGUACCCACUUCUGCUGAAUGAACUUUUCAAGUCAACAGAGGAUGAUCACAAAGACAAACAGGAGAUUGUUAAAGCCAUCAGCGCCAUGACUGAUGUGGCUACUGCUAUUAAUGAAUACAAGCGAAGGAAAGACUUAGUGUUCAAAUACAAGAAGGAUAGUGACCAGCGGUUCAGUGAGAAGAUCGCCAAGUUCAACUUCCACUCUAUCAGGAAGAAGUCCAGCAGGAUGCGGGGCCGACUGUCAACCAACCUGGGACUGGGGCUGCAGACUCGGGACGAGAACUUUGAGCGGGAAGAGGUACGGUUCCGGCACAUAGAGAAGGCUAUAAGAGUCUUCCAGAAAAAUGUCUCCAUGUAUAUGGAGCACAUGCAGGAGUGUGUCGGGGCAGAGGAGAGUCUGGUGGCAGACAUUGUUGACCUGUACGAUGGGCAACCCUCAGAGGAGGUGAAGAUGUAUAAGGAGAUCCAGGGCAAGAUUGUCGGUCCACUGCUUCACACGUUCAGAUGCACUGUGGAGGAACAAGUUCUUGUCCCUCUGAGCCAACUCAUACAGAUGUUUGAUGGGCCCAACAAUGUUAUUGAGAAGAGGUUUGACAAGAUGCUGGACUAUGACAGUCAGUUCAGGAAGGCCAAGGACAAUGAGAAGAAUGAUGCACUGCAGAUAGCCAAGAAUGAUUAUGAGGCUAUGAACGCUCAACUCCUGGACGAGCUGCCCAAACUUUUCAGUCUAGCGUUCAAGAUGCUCACAGACUGUAUGGGGGCUUUCACCAAAGCUCAGAAGACCUUCACAGACCAGACUCUCAAAGCAACGUAUACACUUGUACAGUUGCCACUGCUGUUAUCUUCUGAUGCUGGUGUGAUAGAGACAUUCAACAUAAGCCACAGCACAGCGCUAGACAGGGUGUCCACUCUCAUGUUCAUACCUCGAGGCUUCAACCCUAAGAUGGACUCAAUGAAGCCUGACAAGAAACAGAAGAGGAUGUCUCUCGGCCAGGGUAGUGCUGGCCGGACAGUGCCAGCAGCCGGGUCAAGCAGCCCCCAGAGUGACAGCCAGCGUGUGUAUCUCCGUCAGCUCUACCCUGCGGCCAAGCUGCAUCGUGUGGGCUACACAUACUCUGCCCUUGACUCCAUGGACUUGUGCUUGAAUGAAGGGAUCAUGGUGGGUGUCAUCAAGGAUCAGGAUCCCAUGGGCAACAAGGACAAGUGGUUUGUUGAUGACGGAGUGAAGAAAGGCUUUGUACCAAAGAAGAUCCUGUCUCCCUGGUCAGGUGAAGUAGGAGUGGGUGGGGCUGGUUCCUCUCCCUCAGGUAGUCUCAACAGUCUGAUGAUGGAGGAGGGGCUGGAGAGCCUUGGUAAUGACACCAUGUCUGACAUCAUCUCACUGUCGUCCACUGCUAGUCAGGCUCAAGUCUACCCCAGCCUUACCCCAGAACCAGUCCCCGAAGCACAACCUGAGCAGUAUUACUACGCAGAGUUUGCCUUCCAGUCCCGUGGUGCAAGUGAAGUGUCGAUGUUUGAGGGUCAAGUGAUCACCGUGAUAGCCAAGUCUGACCAGGAGGGGAACACUGAAUGGUGGUUGGUUGAUGCAGAUGGUAAACGUGGCUAUGCCCCAGCCAACUAUCUGAGGCCAAUGUCAUAGCAGCCCUUGCUUCCAUAUCCACAGUGAGCCAUGUGAUACAAAGCAGCUAUGAUCAAUGUGAGACACAAGGAUUCAUCUGAAGAGAUAUAACUUAGUGAUGUCAGUGGAGCAGAUCUGUGAAAUCGACAAGCAAAGGUCAAGUGAGCGAUGGACUUGGGUCAAGAAAUGGUCAGACAAGUAGAAGGUUGAUGUGUACUUAAGGUGCUUUCACUGUGACAAUUAGGACUGUCACCUGAGUGCCUGUAGUGUGGUUGAAGUUCAUUGUUAGGUCUGGAGAGUUCCAACAGUUUGUUGCAUGGCUGGUAUAGGGGUACAGUGUGGAUGGUAA